ACGAUGCUCCUCUUCUAGGUGACUAGAGGUGAUCUCCUCACUGCUUCAUAUCUGGAGACAUUCAGCAGAACGACACUACAACCCACCGCGAUGAGCCUGAUUCGUACUGCAGGGCACUGCUGCUGAACGGCUGGAGGACGCUGGAGGGGAUGGCCUCCUUAGCAGACUGAAACGGGUCUGGAUCCACUGAAAGAACCUAUGCGCCUUUUCUCCUGCGCUAUAACGUCUGCUCCACUCCAGUCGUCUCCAGGAUCAGAGUGAUGUGGACGACUCAGGACCGCGGACGGUGGGGGGUCGGCUGUCUGUCCCUCCUGGUGGCCAUGGUCUGCGGUGCGCAGAGCGCAAACGAGCCCAGCAACAUGUCCUAUGUGAAAGCUACUGUGGACAAACUACUGAAGGGUUAUGACAUUCGUCUAAGGCCUGACUUUGGAGGUGCUCCGGUGGACGUCGGUAUGAGUAUAGACAUCGCCAGCAUUGACAUGGUGUCAGAAGUCAACAUGGACUACACCAUCACCAUGUACUUCCAGCAGUCGUGGAGGGACAAACGUCUCUCUUACACUGGGAUCCCACUCAACCUGACCCUGGACAACAGGGUGGCAGAUCAACUGUGGGUGCCAGACACCUACUUCAUCAAUGACAAAAAGUCCUUCGUCCACGGGGUGACAGUCAAGAACCGCAUGAUACGACUGCAUCCAGAUGGAACUGUGCUGUACGGCCUUAGGAUCACAACUACAGCAGCCUGCAUGAUGGACUUGCGCAGAUACCCAUUGGACGAACAGAACUGCACCUUGGAGAUAGAGAGCUAUGGAUACACCACUGAUGACAUUGAGUUCUACUGGCAAGGAGGGAGUUCGGGGUCGGUCACGGGGGUGGAGAACAUCGAACUUCCCCAGUUUUCCAUUAUGGACUAUCAAACGCUCUCCAAGAAAGCAGUGUUUGCUACAGGUUCCUACCCGCGGUUGUCACUGAGCUUCAAGCUGAAGAGAAACAUUGGAUACUUCAUCUUGCAGACGUACAUGCCCUCCACCCUGAUCACCAUCCUGUCCUGGGUCUCCUUCUGGAUCAACUACGACGCCUCGGCUGCCAGAGUGGCCUUGGGCAUAACGACGGUUCUGACAAUGACCACUAUCAACACCCAUCUGAGGGAGACUCUGCCCAAGAUUCCUUACGUCAAGGCCAUCGACAUUUACCUCAUGGGCUGCUUCGUCUUCGUCUUCCUGGCUCUGCUGGAGUACGCGUUUGUCAACUACAUCUUCUUCGGACGGGGCCCGCACCUGCAGAAGAAAGUGGCGGAGAAGGCUGCCAAGACCAAUAAUGAGAACAAGAGCCGGCUGGAGAGCAACAAAGUGCAAGUGGAUGCCCACGGCAACAUCCUGCUGACCAACCUCACCAACGAGAUGAGCGGCGCCGAAAUGAUGGGGGCGCUCAACGACCCGCGAGUCACCAUGUUCUCCUACGACAGCGCCAGCAUUCAGUAUCGCAAGCCCAUGACCAGCCGGGACAUGUACGGCCGGCCCGCCCUGGACCGCCCUGUGGCCCACAAGAAGAGCCGCUUGAGGAGGAGGGCCUCGCAGCUCAAGGUGAAGAUCCCGGACCUGACGGAUGUCAAUGCCAUAGACAAGUGGUCGCGCGUCAUCUUCCCCAUCAUCUUCACGUUCUUCAACCUGGUGUACUGGCUCUACUACGUCCACUAA